GUGGCAAUACUGUUCGAUCGAUAACUUGAACACUUUCUCUCUUACUCAAUAAAGAAUAUUAAGUUAACUUUGCUUAAAAGAUACGAAGAAAUGUCUUGUAAUUAUUGUUAUGGACCAUUUCGUCUAUUUCUGCGAGAAAAACGCUGUCCGAGUUGCGGCUUUAGUUAUUGUGAUAGAUGUUUGAAUAAUAAAAUCUUUGUAAAACAAUUAAACGCAGAAAAAAAGGUUUGUGUUAAAUGUUCAAAAUAUAAUUCAUCGGGUGAAGUGCAUUUGAUACCACCUCCUGAUUAUUACAGGAAAAUUCACCGUAGGAAAAAAGAAUCUGAGUCUAAAUCUUGCGAAAAUAAUAACGACACUAAAACACAACCAGACAAUAAAAACAAAAAAAGACAGAAUGUAAAAAGCUCCAAUGUUUCUAAUAAGAAUGGAAAUGCAGCAGAUGAAAACUCACCAAGCACUUCUAAUUAUCAUCAAAGAAUAAAUCAGUGUAGUUCUGAAAAUGAAUCUAACUCAGAGAAAUCAGAAGAUGAUGAGGACUUGUCAGAAGAGUCUGAUGAUGACUUUAAUGAUGAAGACAUAGAAAUGGAGAGGAGUUCAAUUCUCGAUCUCAAGAUUACACACCCUCAUUUAUAUGACACAAAAAAUAUUAAGAAAGAGACAAAAUCAACAGAUGAAAUCCUAAGAGAUGCUAUUAAACAGUUACAAGAGGGCUUGGGUGAUAAAUUAGAAGCUUUCCGAAAAAGGCCUCCAAAGUGUACAAUAUGUUCUACCAAAGCUUUGGUAAGAUGCAAAGGAUGUGUGAGUACAUUUUGCAUGAGAUGUUUUGAUAUGCAUUCAGAUGAGGUUUGUGUUGCAUAUGAAACUCUUGAGACACAUGAAAAUUAACUUUUAAAUUGUGAAUACUGUAUUUAUCUCUUUAGUAAUAUGUAUGUUCGCUUAUCUAUUUAGGUAAGUGUAAAUGUUUACUAAUACUCAUACUAUAUUGUUCAGAAGGCACAGAUUUCUCCGUAAGUAAAGGAUUGUCUAUAGAUCUUAUUUAAAAAAAUCUCAUAAAUAUUUAAUGUUUACUAUGGAUUUUACACUUUAA